CUUGACUACCACUGACCACUCGUGCUACUGGACACUCUCGCAACAAGGGGUGGUGACAUAAUGGCACAAGCACAGGCCUGGACCCCUUACAACAGCCUCACUAAGCCUCCCACCAACCUGAAGGAGGCCAUUGACUGGGUCCUCAGGGUAACUGGUAGGGAUGGUAAGAAGAAUGAGAAGACGGCGCCGGCGGCGCCGCCAAGCACUAGCAAUGCCCCCCACUGUUUGUGCUACCUGGCCAAGGCAAUAAAGGACCUACUGUAUGACGCCAAGGACCCGGGGUCCCCUGGUCCCAGCCAACAGAGGUACUGGGACACAUUACUCCUAGACCAGGAGAAGACAUUAGUGCUACCAGUGCUCACGGACCUGGGACUCCUUGGUGAUAGCACUAGUGCUGCUAGGGAUACCUGCGCCGGUGGCACCGAGGUCAUAAAGGCACUGAUAGACCACUUGGCACUGGGACUACAGAAGUGGGUUGGGUGGAAGGAAGGGGAUACUUGUUGUCUUAAGGGAACAGAGGGUAUAGGAGGGCAGUGUAAAUGUACUGCUAGUAGUGGUGGUGCCGGUUGUUGUGGUACCGGUGGUAGAGGUACUACUACCUGUCAUGAAUGUGACAAGUGUGGUACCAGUUCCAGUGGUGGUGCUGACCAAAAAUGCUACCUCUCGGCCUAUUGCAAACCCACUGCUCAACCCAGUGGUGACUCCUACUGGCCCACCAUAUCAGGUGACUCCACUAAGGUCCACCUCCUGGCCCGUAUUUUCCUAGGGUCAGUAUGCCUCAUCUGGAGUGGACUCAGUCAGUUGGGGUUCCUGACGUGCAACGCUAAGGGCAGCGAGAGAAGGUGGGAGGAAAGUAGUUUGAACAACAUAGAGAAUGCUGAGAAUAAGGGACUUGCAUCAUUCAUGGCGGCCAUGGGCUAUGACCUGGAUAGGAUUAAAAAUGGGACUGGAUACGUCGUGUGGAAAAUACUUGCGGGUAAAGAUAAGAAAAAUAGCAUCCCGUGGAAAGAAUUUGCCUCGUUAGGUGACAAGACUGGUGAUAGUGUAGCUGAGUACUACAGUAGUAUCUAUGAGAAUGCCAAGGAAGCACUGAAGAAGGACAAUAAAACUGAAUCCAUCUGUGAGCAGUACCCCCUAUUGGUACUCCACAUCCUGGCAAGUGGGUACUUCCGGGCAGGUAGUGCCGGGGCCAAGGGAAUAACUACUCUGCCGGCGAAGCCGGCCACUAGUGCUACAAGUGCCACUCCUGUCUCUAGGAAACCUAGGACCAUCCGGGAAAUCCUAUACUGGCUCAGUGCAUUGCCAUAUAGUCAGGGGUACAGAGAGCUGGUGGAUAGGAUGCAAGGAAAGAUGGAGAGUGGCACACUCAAUCUAGAAGGAGAUAGCUAUGACAAAAAGACAGAACUCAAGAGGGACUGUAUUACCCACUACCUAAUGGCCGCCUGUGGCUACUGCCCACUGGUGCUCAUCGGUAUCCAGGGGACCAUAGAAAAGGAAGUCAAAGCAGAUACACAGGCGCCGUCAGCAGGUCCGGCAGGAGUUGCUGCUGCUCAGAGUACUAACAAGUGUCCCGAACACAAGAAAAACCCUCGUAGUGGGAGGGGGUACCACCUGGAAGUCUCCAAGUUUGGCCCCCUACAUGGGAUGUACGCCAAUGGGCUCUUUGGCUUCCAGAUGGACAUGUCUUCCGCCCAGUGCCUGGACCAACUGAGGGUAUAUGUCUACCACUGCUUCUACCAGCUCUAUUUCCUAAGGAAGCAAUGCAAGGUGGGAGUGGCAGAGGACAAGAAGGCUGUUCUGGGCUGGAAAAGUUGUAGGUAUGGUAGUGGAGUUUACAUGGGUAGUGGCUAUAAUAAGGAUAACCUGUGGAUAUGUAAGACGGAAGGUGCGGGAGGAGAGACGCACACUAAGAAGUGUGGAUUACAGAAUGCGGCAGGUAGUAGUACUGCUGGUACUCAAAUAUCUCCUUUAAUGUGCUUUUUGUGUGAUGGAAUUGGAUCAAUGGCAUGCGGAAAGACAGUAGGAAGUGGUGUGGAUAAGUAUCCUCCAAUAGAGGAUCAUAUGAAUUGUCCAAAGGGAGUUCUUGGACAUUUUGGCGGUCCUCCAAAACACUGCCCGGUUCCUAUGGGCUGGCAAGCCGAAAGUACAAGCACAAGCAGUGUUAAUCACUUCAAAGAUUUGAACAAUGGAAGCCAUAAGCAGGCAAAUCUACAAUCUUCAGGCCAGCAGAAGUAUCCCGCCCACUGCACUGGGAGGACACUCUCGCUACUCCUGGAGUACUACUGUGAUCCAGACAAGUGCCCGAGUGGCACUUUGGUGGUACUACUGAGACUACUGGCAUGUAUUACUCCCACGGUGCCACGGACCCUGGGUGACCUCUUUGGGUUCUAUUACCAUAUAGUCUAUAUUGGGGGAAACAGUGCCAGUGGUGGAGAGGGAGUGUAUGCUAGGUUGAAAGGAAAAGAGGAGGAAUCUAAACUGUACAUGAUGUCUAUUGGUGGUAAUGAUAAAGUGGUAGAGGCACUGACCAAGUGGAACGAUAGUGGAAGUGGAUGUACUAGUGGUGGUAGUUGUGCAAAGGAGUCUCUCAAGUGCUUAUAUGGCAACGAAAAACAGUGUACGCCAUUCUUAUCUCCUCUGAGUGGCCAGCAGUAUGGCCAGUUGAGUCCCGUGAUGGCCGGGACCUACCUGUCAUGGUUGGUCUAUUUGAUUGAAAAGUUCGAGGGGGGACUAGAGGAUCUCAAGAAGGGGUUCCAGCAGAUUAGUUGUACUAGCGAUGGAUGUCAGAGUCAGCAAGGGACUGGAUGUGAUAGCAGUUGCACUAGAGGAACCCAUGGUAAUACGUGCCCUGCAGGAUCCGGAUCAGCUGGCAGUGCAGUAGGUGGUAAAGGUGGUAGUGGUGUUGCUAGUAGCGGAGUCUGUGGGUGCGACUCUGUCGUAUCAUGUACCGGGGUACUACCGGUAUUGUACAAGUAUGGCUUUGGGUAUGGUAAUGUAACGGAGUUGCACAAGACAGGAGGUAGUGAGAAGAAGUGUCACGAGUUCCUAAAAACACUAGAGGCUGUCCUCAAGGGUAAUCACCUCACGACGGGCAUCGGUGCUAGUGGCCUCCACCACGAAAUCAAUAAGCUCAUCUACACCACCAGGCUCCCCUGGAUCUUUGUGCUUACCAUAGCCUGGCUAGUAGCAGUACUCUACCUUGCAUUUGGUGCCAUAUGGCCAUUGGACUGGACACAUAUGAGGUCGCAUUGUAGAGGAUUGUUCAGGAAGGGUAGUCUGAGUCCAUGGGAGAUACUGAUGGUGGGAAAGAAGAAGGGAAGGGGGAUAUUGGAGUAUUUUGGGGCAGUAGCUGUGUUCGCGGGUCCAUUAGUGGCGGCAUUAGUUGAUAGUAAUGGUGAAUGCAGUGGGGUUGGAGCACAGAACAAGAGAUGUCACGAGUUCCUAAGCACGCUGAAGGGUGUCCUAGAUGGCCAGCACCUCAAGACAGGCAUCACUGCUAAUGGGCUCCACCACGAAAUCAAUAAGCUCAUCUACACCACCAGGCUCCCCUGGAUCUUUGUACUGACCUUAGCCUGGCUAGUGGCGGUGCUGUACCUAGCAUUUGGAGCCAUAUGGCCACUGGACUGGACACAUAUGAGGUCGCAUUGUAGGGGAUGGUUCAGGGAGGGAAGUCUGAGUCCAUGGGAGAUCUUGAUGGUUGGUAAGAAGAAGGGGAGAAGCAUAGUGGAGUAUUUUGGUACACAUAAGAAGUGCCACGAGUUCCUGGGAACACUAGACAAGGUACUAACAGGGGAUCACCUCAAGAAUGGCUCCAAAAAAGGCCUGCACUAUGAAAUCAACCAACUCAUCUACACCACCAGGCUCCCCUGGAUAUUUGUUCUCACGGUAGCGUGGCUAGUAGCGGUACUGUAUCUAGCAUUUGGUGCCAUAUGGCCACUGGACUGGACACAUAUGAGGUCGCAUUGUAGGGGAUGGUUCAGGAAGGGUAGUCUGAGUCCAUGGGAGAUACUGAUGGUGGGCAAUAAGAAGGGAAGGGGGAUAUUGGAGUUUUUUGGUGGGAGGUAGUGGCAAAGUAGUGGCGCCUUCGGCGCCAUAACUAGGGAU